AUGGUUAACUUUUCAGGCCUUGCCAAGGAGGAUAACUUGGCCACGAUACCGGACGCAUGGGUGGGUUCCGCUUUUAAUGAGCUUACUGAAGGGGACAUUAUUGAGUUGGAGCGGAAGGGAUACUUUCGUGUUGACAAGGGUAUUGGGCAAGGUCCCGGAGGCAAAGCGGUGUUGUUCAAAAUUCCGACCGGUGCUUCUAAGUGA